AUGCAAACCACGGACGAUGAAUUCAGCGCGCUCAAGUGCCGCUACGCCAGCAAACGCUGCUGGAAUCUACGCGCCAUCAAGCGCAAUGGCGAACGCCACAACUUGUGCGAGAUGCACCGCCAAAAAGCCAACAGCAAUCAACGUCGCCUCGACAAGAAGCGCAAAGCCGGACAAGUCCCACUGGGUCUCCCUGCUCACUUGCCACAGCACGCCGGUGCCGACCUCGAGCGUCGGAUGCGCAUGCGCGCGUCCAUUGCACUCAAGCUGGAGCGAGAGCUCGGUGGGUUACCGCUCACGAUGCAGUACAUCCGUCCUCCCUCUCGGACAACUGCGUCCCUUGCCGAGCUGCAGCGCCCAGCAGGUCUCGAGACAUUGGGGAACGUCCCGAACCGCCACUUGGCGUACAGUAGUGACAUGGAGUCAUGGCGGGAAUCUGCUCGGUGGAUGGACGCGGCGUACCCACGAAGCCCUCGAGCCAUGCUCCGUGCAGCGGCUAUGGCCAAAGGAACGCCAGCUUCAGACGCCCACAAGUGGACACAUCGGGACUUGUCGAGUACCCCUCCCAAGACAGCACCAGCAGUCGCUCUUCGGGAUGCCGCUCCAUCGAUGCUUCUGCCAUCCAUUGCUACGGCAGUCGCAAGGUCGGGCGAAGGAUUACAUAGGACGUCGGUCAUGCUUCAGCGCGCCUGGCAGCCAGAGAUCCGACGGCCUCCAGCCCUCGUCGCUCGUGCCAACAUUUAG